AUAAAUGCAUUUGAAAAAAUAAACUUAAUGAAAAGUAGAAAAUAAAAAAAAAUUUAACAAACGCAAAUCAAACUGCGGAAAUGAGUUCAAUUGGAGUGAAAAACCUACUAAGGUACAGAGUGUUUCCAAACAAAAGGGAAAGUAAAAUUUAUUAAAAAGAAAUUUAUAAGCAGAUUGAAUAAAAAUGUAAGUGAAAAGCAUUAUCCCGCGAACAAGUGACGCGACAGCACGUCUACGUCUGCUUAAAUGGCCGCGACUGGGUACUGAGUGUAAAGUAUUUCUUGGGGAAACCAACAAAGUUGUAACAAAAAAGCCAAUGAAAAUUACUAAACAAGUGAAUUGAAAGAAAAACGCGAGCAACGACAACGUCGUCUUCCAUUAAAAACCAAAUAAAAAGAAUAUCUUCAAUGCUCCCCCCCAACCAACAAAUAAGAAAAUAAAUAAAAUUAAAAACUAAGCAAACAAAAUAUACGCACACGCACUCCUACACACCGCCUACCCGUACACACACAACCACACACACUCGCAACACACAAUGCUGCGUAGCUGUGUGUGUUUGGGUGGUGGUGCGAAACGACGUAGCUCCUCGCUAGAGGAUACCUCAUCGUGUCGGUCAUCAGAAAUUGAACGUGUGGCCAAACGCAUGGAGACCAUGACCGUCUAUACGAAAACCACAUCGACCGCAAAAACGACAACCACAACAACAAGCAAAUUACAGCAGCAGCAGCAGCAACAGCAACAGUUGCAGGAAAGCAACGGCAGCGGCCGCAGUACCACUUCCAGUCUAUUGCAGUUCUUCCAAUCGAAAACGUGGUACCGGCAUUGGCGAAAAACGGAACGCUCGAUGAGCAUGUCAAAGACCGAACGAACCUUGCGGGCAGCUUUGCUGAUCCAGCGUUGGUAUCGGCGCUAUAGAGCGCGCAUGGAAGUUCGUCGUCGCUAUACAUGGAAUAUAUUUACAAGUCUGGAAUACGCUGGAGAAAAUGAUCAAGUUGAGCUAUACAACUUCUUCAAUGCGUUACUUACACACAUUCCCGAAGCUGCUGCUUCCCAUCGCCCAUCAAUACAAAAGGACUCAGAGAUAUCAUUAGCUUCAGAUGUUUAUUUCGAUGAGUCAGAUUUCAAUGAGGAUGGCGAAUAUCGUUCGGAUAAAAAUUAUGAUGGACCACAUAUAAAAUUUCCACUAAUUAAAAAGGAUAUUGUGACGCUAAUUGAUUUGUUUCGCAAGAAAAAGGUGAGCUAA